AUGCCUCUUUCGGACGGAGUCAGCACUACGUCAAUCAUUUUUUACAACAUCGAGCUAUUCGUGCUUCUGGUGGCCAAUUUUAGCUGUGUGCUUUUCUUGAUUGUCUUAACCAAGGCAAAGUGUUUUCAUAUUAAUCUACGAAUAUUGCUGGCAAAUUUCGCUUUCACUUUUCUAUUGAUCGUUAUUACGAGGUAUUUGAUUGUGAUUCCCUUGUGGGUGGCCUUCGUUUUCGAUUUGGAUAUUGCAGAUAAGAACUAUUGCCGUUUCGCAAAAUCUCUUCACGCCAUCGCCGUCUAUGUGACAGGACUUGGGCUUGCGGUUUUGGUGAUCGAAAGAACUCUUGCCACGAUACUCGUCCGGGUUUAUGAAACGGUUAAAUCGAGAGCUGUUGCGGUGGUGUUGGUGCUUUUUCAGUGGAGCUUUGGGACGAUUUUCAUCUUGGCCAAUCAAAUCGAGCCCAAGGAACAACAAUAUAAACGAUUAGCGUGUCGAGUCGAGUACACAUCACCAAGAGCUCAUUUCGUUUCACUGAUAACGAUCAUUGUGAUGGAUGCUGUGGCCAUGACUGUGUUCCUCUUGUUGUUGCGAAUCAAUCGAAAACACUAUCAGAUGCGCAAUCAGCAACCGAAACAUCCAAAACUUUCCGAGAGAUAUCAGACAGCCGAAAACGUUCGCUCGACUCGUUUGCUUUUCCCGUUGGUUCUCGUCUACUUGAUCGUUUCUCUAUUAUCCGGUGGGAUUCUUCUAUUCGGCAUUUUAAGUGUCGACAAAUUUUCGAGGGAUCUCCUAGCGUUUCAAUUAAAAUACGGUCCUCUAUUCCAAUCUUUCAAUCUAAUCAUUGCCACCUAUGCGGCCGUUUUUCCCUAUUUGGCUAUGCAAGGUCAUCAAUCUUUUUUCAACGCUUUCAAGGAGAUCGUUUUUGGGAAAAGGGAUACGCCAAGGAAUCCUCGAGAACUGGUCCCUUUGUCAUUAGAUGGACAACAGCUCGUCCCUCCAUCGAAUCAAGAGACUGAGAUUCAUUUCGCGAAUUUGAAAGCGAUGUGGAAA